AUGGCGAAACUUACGUCGUCCAACGCUUUUCACCUUCUCUUGUUGAGCUCAUUGAUGUCGUUCGUCGCUGCGACGACUUCGAUAGAUGAUGCCGCGAGUGCCAAGAUCAUGACAUUACCCGGACAACCUAAGGACGCAUCUGUUGCUCAAUAUUCGGGUUAUGUGAGGAUAAACGAGAAAAAGAAGAUGUUCUAUUGGCUCGUCGAAGCAGCAUCAGAUGCAGACUCCAAACCUCUUCUCCUGUGGCUCAAUGGAGGACCUGGUUGCUCGUCAAUCGGGUACGGAGCUUUCCAGGAGAUCGGACCCUUUCAGGUCCUGCCCAACGGGGAACUUGCUAAGAGACAAAUCUCAUGGGACACCGAGGCAAAUUUGCUCUUCCUCGAUUCCCCUUUCGGUGUCGGAUAUUCUGUUCGCAGCGUUGUUGAGGAAGAUGGGGAUAAUAGCACUGCCAUGGACAAUUUUGCGUUUCUAAACAAAUGGCUUGAAGUCUUCCCGAAAUUCAAGUACAGAGACUUCUAUAUUGCUGGAGAGAGCUAUGCAGGGCAUUUUAUUCCUCAACUCGCUCAGGUGAUUGUAAAUCAAAACAAGGGAUUGCCCGACCGAUCAACAGGAGAUCCUGGAAGGUGGGAGUUCUAUUGGGUUCAUGGGCUUAUUUCAGACGCUACGUACGAAAACAUGAGGAAGUUUUGCUCUGUCGAUAGAGCUUCGGAAGGCUGCAAAAAUGCUUGGCAAGAAGCAUAUAAUAAUGAAAUUGGAGUUGUAAAUAUCUAUAACAUGUAUGCGAGACCAUGCGAGAAAAACACCACGCAGGAUCUUAUGUAUAGAGACGGGAAUGAAUUCUGCCUGGAGGCUGACACGGUGAAGUACCUGAAAAGGAAAGAGGUGCAAGAGUCCUUCCACGUUGACCCCUCCUACAUUCCUUUAAACUACACCCUCUGCAGUGAAGCAGGCGUCAACCUCAGGUAUAGCAGAAGCGACGGAGAAAUAUCGGUCCUUCCCAUCCUUAAAGAACUCAUAGAGGCCCGCUUGCGGAUUUGGAUAUACAGUGGGACAACAGAUGUAGCUGUUCCUUUGCCAAUGACUCGACGUAACAUUGCAGCACUAAAAUUGAAAGUACAGGAGAAAUGGUACCCCUGGAACCAUCGCGAUCAGCUUGGAGGUUGGAUCGAGAUAUAUGAAGGCUUGACGUUCGUUGUCGUAAUGGGCGCCGGCCAUGAAGUGCCAAUGUAUCUCCCCUCUCAGGCACAUGCUAUGUUCCAGAGCUUCCUGUCCAAUGCACCAAUGUCCAAGCCACCUCCUAAACAGACAAGCUCCACCUGA